AUGGAGACUCGCCAGGUGUCCCCGAGCCCCCGGAUGCGGCUGUUGCUGCUUCUGCUUCUGCUCGUGCCCUGGGGCACCCGCACCGCCUCGGGUAUCGCUCUGCCCCUCGCGGGGGUCCUCAGCCCUCGCACCUCCCGCCAGGCCCGGGCGGGUCCGGCCACCCCGGUGUCUGUGUCGCAGCGCAGCCUGGCGCUGGCGGACGACGCGGCCUUCCGGGAGCGCGCUCGGCUGCUGGCCGCCCUUGAGCGCCGCCACUGGCUGAACUCGUACAUGCAUCGGCUGCUGCUGCUAGAUGCGCCCUAA